AUGAACUGUAUCUCUACAUUCAAAUUCAAUCCUUCAGUUACACUAUCUCCAUGUGCGCAAUCGUUAAGCCCUGGGAAAUUUGUUCACAUUUCGAGCUCGAGAGCCUCGUUUUCGCCGCGAUGGCGUAGUUACUCUUCUUCUUCUUUUUAUUCCCCAAUUCGAAGGAAAUCUCUGACCCUAGUUUCGGCGAAGUCUUCGGAAGCGGAGGAGGUGUCGGACACGGAGGACGAGUGGCUGAAGAAGCUACCGGAGAAGAACAAGCCUUUGUAUUCGCAUAGCUUGCCUUGUAUCGAGGCGUGGCUGAGGAAAUUAGGGUUUUACCAGAGCAAAGACGAUAGAGCUGUUUGGUUGAUUCAGAAACCUGAUUGGCACGCCCAAUUAUCUCUUGACGUCACAGAUCUCUGCAUAAGGUACUUGAAAAGCGGGCCAGGAAGUCUAGAGAGAGACAUGGAAAGAAGGUUUAGCUACGCAUUGAGUAGAGAAGAUACAGAGAACGCCAUACUCGGAGGACCUUGA